AUGGAGGCGCCGAGAUGCUGGCUACCGUGGCGGACAUCAGGAUUUAAUAUCGACAAAGGUGCUCUCUGUUGCUUCUUGGGGUUGGACAUUGAUGGACCUUAUCAGGAGAUGUACGGCAGCGCCAGAGCAGUAGGCCACAUUGAGAGCAGCCCUGCCCGGUCACCGCGGCUGCCCCGCUCCCCUCGGCUUGGCCAUCGGAGGGCCAACAGCGGAGGAGGGAGCAGUGGUGGGGGAAAGACGCUCUCCAUGGAGAACAUCCAGUCCCUCAAUGCUGCCUAUGCCACGUCAGGACCCAUGUACCUGAGUGACCACGAGGGUGUGGGCUCCACUGCCACAUACCCCCGUGGUCACAUGACCAUAGGACGGGCCAGCCGCGCCAUGUACGGGGGGCGCGUCACCGCUAUGGGGAGCAGUCCUAACAUCGCCUCAGUUGGACUUCAUGGGGACAUCCUGUCUUACAGUGACCUCGGCUCUCUGUCCAUGUUACAUGCACACCACCACCACCAGGGGGUGCCCUCUGCCCUUUUACGACAGGCCGUAAGGAGUAGUGGGGGAGAGCUGCUGGAGAUGCAGGCCCAGCUCAGAGACAUGCAGAGGGAGAAUGAGUUGCUACGCAGAGAACUGGACCUGAAGGACAGUAAGCUUGGCUCCUCCACAAACAGCAUCAAAAGCUUCUGGAGUCCUGAGCUGAAGAAGGAGAGGAUCAUGAGGAAGGAGGAGGCAGCACGGACGUCCAUCCUGAAGGAACAGAUGAGAGUGACUCAUGAGGAGAACCAGCUGCUGGAUGCCCGCAGGACCAAGCACCUCCAGAUGACCAUCCAGGCUCUGCAGGAUGAGCUCCGCACCCAGAGGGACCUGAACCACCUGCUGCAGCAGGAGAGCGGCAACAGAGGCUCUGAUCACUUCACCAGCAUUGAGCUGACAGAAGAGAACUUCAGGAGGCUGCAGGCGGAGCACGACCGACAGGCCAAGGAGCUGUUCCUGCUCAGAAAAACUCUGGAGGAAAUGGAGCUGAGGAUCGAGACUCAGAAACAAACUCUUGGGGCCAGAGACGAGUCCAUAAAGAAGCUGCUGGAGAUGCUGCAGAGUAAAGGGCUUCCUCCAGGAGUUGGUCGAGCGUGUGAAGAGGAGGAGCAGGAGAGGGCCAGGCGUAUCGCAGAGGCAGAGGCUCAGCUCGGACACCUGGAGGUCAUCCUGGACCAGAAGGAGAAGGAAAACAUCCAUCUCAGAGAGGAAUUGCACAGAAGGAAUCAGCUGCAUCAAGACCCAAGCAAAACCAAGGCACUACAAACCAUCAUUGAAAUGAAAGAUACCAAAAUUGCCUCUCUGGAGCGCAACAUUCGAGAUCUGGAGGAUGAGAUCCAAAUGCUAAAAGCGAAUGGCUUACUGAACACAGAGGAUAGAGAAGAGGAGAUUAAGCAGAUGGAGGUCUACAAAAACCACUCCAAGCUCAUGAAGACUAAGAUUGACCAGCUGAAGCAGGAGCUGUCAAAGAAGGAGUCGGAGCUGCUGGCUUUGCAGACAAAACUAGAAACUCUCAACAACCAGAACUCAGACUGCAAACAGCACAUUGAGGUGCUCAAAGAGUCUCUCACUGCCAAGGAGCAACGUGCUGCCAUCCUCCAGACUGAGGUGGAUGCUCUCCGCCUGCGUCUAGAAGAGAAAGAAUCAUUUCUAAAUAAGAAAACCAAACAGCUGCAGGACCUCACAGAAGAGAAAGGGACUCUCUCAGGAGAGAUCAGGGAUAUGAAGGACAUGCUGGAGGUGAAAGAGCGCAAGAUCAACGUCCUACAGAAAAAGAUUGAAAACCUCCAAGAACAGCUACGUGACAAAGACAAACAGCUGGGAAACCUGAAGGAUCGCAUCAAGUCGCUUCAGACUGACUCCAGCAACACAGACACUGCCCUGGCCACCCUGGAGGAGGCGCUGUCUGAGAAGGAGCGGAUUAUUGAGCGUUUAAAAGACCAAAGAGAGCGUGAGGAUCGGGAGCGUUUGGAGGAAGUGGACUCUUAUAAGAAAGAGAACAAGGACUUGAAAGAGAAAGUCAACACUUUGCAGAUAGAGCUGACUGAGAAGGAGUCCAGUCUCAUUGAUCUGAAGGAGCAUGCCUCAUCACUGGCAUCCUCAGGCCUUAAAAAGGAUUCUAAACUCAAAUCACUGGAGAUUGCCAUUGAACAGAAAAAAGAAGAGUGUAGUAAGUUAGAGACGCAAUUGCAAAAGCAAGCCGAGCACCUAUUCAGUCACUUAAACAGUCCAAAAGCCCAUGAGGUGGAGCAUCAGACGGGGUCCAGAGUAAACCCUGACUUCUCUGAUCGAGUGAAGCUUCUGGAAAAAGAGAUGGGCUACUACAAAGACGAGGCCAACAAGGCUCAGACGGAGGUGGAGCGACUGCUGGACAUUUUGAGAGAGGUGGAGACAGAGAAGAACGAUAAGGACAAAAAGAUUGCAGAGUUAGAAAGACAAGGUGGAAAGGACCAAAUUAAGAAAGGACAAAACAUAAAAUUGGGGCCACAAGGAGACAAGAAGGAUCCUCGUAAAGACAGCACUCUGGAUGGAGGACACCACCUAAAGUUGGAGGAUCUGAUGAACACACUGGAGAGGACCAGGCAGGAGCUGGAUGCUACAAAGCAGCGUUUGUCGUCCACACAACAGUCUCUACAGGAGCGAGACUCUCACCUCACCAACAUGAGACAGGAACGGAGGAAACAGCUGGAGGAGAUCCUGGAGAUGAAACAACAAGCUCUGCUGGCGGCUAUCAGUGAAAAAGAUGCUAAUAUUGCUCUUCUGGAGCUCUCUGCCUCCAACAAGAAGAAAACCCAGGAGGAGGUGAUUGCCCUCAAGAGGGAGCGCGACAAACUUAUGCACCAACUCAAACAACAUACUCAGAGCCGAAUGAAACUGAUUGCCGACAACUAUGAGGACGAGUACCACUUGCACGGCCCUCAUCAUCCUCAGGCACAGCCGCCUCACGCACAGCCACAGCGCACCAGGGACACACACAACCCCAACAAGCACAGUACCCACACCCCACACAUCCACAGCAAGUGGUCCCGCACCCUCAAGGGCCGAUCCCACAUCAACAGCACCCACGGCCGCCUGGACCACAGCACCCACACCCUCAGCACCCUCAGCAGCACCCACACCCUCAGCAGCACCCUCAACAGCACCCUCAACAGCACCCACAGCAGCACCCUCAACAGCACCCACAGCAGCACCCUCAGCAGCAACCUCACGGACACCCCCCCUCCCAGCACCCGCACCCACAACACCCACACGGACCUCCACAACAGGGACCCCACCCUCAGCACCCACACCCACAACAGCACCCGCCACAUCCGCAGCACCCUCAGCACCCACACCACGGACAGCACCCUCGGCACCCAUCUCCUCACCAUCGAGGAGGUCCACAGAGAGGUCCGCCUCACCCUGGCCACCGGCCGGCCCAUGACCAGGAUGACGAGGAAGGUAUUUGGGCAUGAAUCCAACUGCAACGACCAAAUCUUAUGUUGUUAUGAAGGAACAUUCACGGGGCCUUGUUUUGUGAGACUACUUUCCACUCUGGCAUGGGGCUGGCAGCAGAGCAGGGAACAGAUGUCUUUUUGCUUCUCUACAUGA